AUGAAGUUCUCCGCUCUCGCUGUCGGCGCCAUCGCCGCCCAGGGUGUCUCGGCGCACUACUGGUUUGACACCAACAUCAUGAACGGCGCCGCACAGACCCCGUACAAGUACGUCCGCGAGUCCAGCCGGCAAAUCAAGUACAACCCCAUCAAGUUCUCGUCCAACCCUCCCGCCGAUCUCCGUGAUGGCUCGACUAUCGACGGACCCGAUGCCAUGUGCAACCAGGGCGCUUUCGCUAGCGCUGGCCGUACCCAGGUCCUGACUGUCAACGCCGGUGACGAGAUCCGUCUCCGCCUAGCUGCCGGUGCCGCCUUCCAGCACCCGGGUCCCGGUCUUGUCUAUCUUUCUCGGGCCCCCAAUGAUAAUGUGAAGGCCUAUGACGGAUCUGGAAACUGGUUCAAGAUCUACGAGGAGGGCGUGAACUACCUUGCCGCCAGGAUUCCCAAGGAUACCCCCAACGGCGAAUACCUCGCCCGUUUCGAGCAUAUCGGUGUCCACCGGUCCCAUGUCAACCAGCCCGAGCACUACGUCUCGUGCAUGCAGAUCAAGGUUCAGAACGGCGGCAACGGCAACCCUGGCCCUACCGUCAAGUUCCCCGGCGCCUACAAGAGCAGCGACCCCUACGCCAACUUCAGCAUCUACAACGGCUACAAGGACUUUCCCAUGCCCGGCCCUGCCGUCUGGACCGGCGGCGGCGGCGGCAGCAACAACGGCGGUGGCAACACCGGCGGUGGCAACACCGGCGGUGGCAACACCGGCGGCGGCAACACCAACCCCGGAACUGCCUGCGCCCCCAUGUGGGCUCAAUGCGGCGGCAGCGGAUACUCGGGCCCCACGUGCUGCUCGGCCGGAACGUGCAAGGUCAGCAACGAGUGGUACUCGCAGUGCGUGUAA